AUGCUUAAAACAAAAAAUAAAUCAGUUCAUUUCCAAAAGCAUAACGGGAAAAAGAACAAAAGAUUGAUUAUUAAGUUAGUGGGACGAAUCCAAAGUUUUUGUCCAAGGGGACGAAUCCAAAGGGGACGAAUCCAGGGUUUUUGUACAGUGGGACGAAUCCAUAUGGGACGAAUCCAAAGUUUUUGUCCAAGGGGACGAAUCCAAAGGGGACGAAUCCAGGGUUUUUGUACAGUGGGACGAAUCCAUAGUUUUUGUUCAGGGGGACGAAUCCAAAGGAGACGAAUCCAAGGGGGACAAAUCCAAUGUGGGACGAAUCCAAGCGCAGCCCAAUAA